AUGCAGAAUGAUUUACUUUUCAAAUGUUUUUUUCUCCUCAGGUUCCUGUACAACCGCUCUGGGGAGUGGAGUGAUGGCACUGUUCCCAUCCUGGCCACCACUGCUGCUGGCUUCACCUACGUUGCAUUCUUAAUGGUUCUAGCACUUUGCCACGUUGCACUUGGGCAACAGCUAAAUUUGCACUGGCUCCAUAAGAUAGGAGUGACUGCUGCUCUGCUCACCACCGUUAUCGGGGUGAUAUCUGUCAAUCAAACAUGGGGGCAAGAGUGGGAUGUCAUCCCCAUCUCGCUGCAGGCCACAGGUCCGUUCCUGCACAUAGGGGCUCUGGCUGCGGUCACAGCGCUGUCGUGGAUCGUGGCGGGACAGGUCGCCCGCUCAGAAAAAACAAAUGACUUCAUUGUGUGUGUGUGUGUGUGUGUGUGUGUGUGUGUGUGUGUGUGUGUGUGUGUGUGUGUGUGUGUGUGUGUCCAGCUUGCUCCAGAGAACACACUGUGGUCUUUCCAACGCGCUCUGCAGAUGAACGUCACCGGGUUGGAGGCUGACGUGGCUAUCAGUGUGGACGGAGUGCCUUUCCUGAUGCACGACCGCACCCUGCGGAGGACCACAGACGUGGGGAAGGUGUUCCCCGACAGACACAUGCAAGACGCCUCAUCCUUCAACUGGACAGAUCUGCGGCAGCUCAACGCCGGACAGUGGUUCCUCAAGGAUGACCCUUUCUGGACGGUGCACACCCUGUCGUCGCGUGAGAAGCGGCUGAUAGCCAAUCAGAGCGUGUGUAGCCUGGAGCAGCUUCUGCGGCUGGCUUCCUAUCACAACAGCACGGUGGUUUUCCGGCUCAGGAGACCCCCUCCGGAGCACCCCUGCUACGACAGCUGGAUCAAUGAUACACUGCAGGCUGUGCAGGAAUCUGGGGUUCCUCAGAGCCUGGUGAUGUGGACUCCAGAUGAACACAGAGCUCAGGUGAGGCAGCUGGCCCCCGGUCUGAUCCAGACCUCAGUGGAGAAACGGAGACUCCAGCGCCUCCAUCUGGACGGCAUCAGCCGGCUGCUGCUCCGAUACAACCAGGCCAGCACGCAGGAGAUCGGAAACUUCUCCCAGAGCAACAUCAGCAUCACGCUGUACACCAUCAACGAGCCCUGGCUGUACUCGGUGCUCUGGUGCAGCGGGGUGUCCUCCGUCUCCUCCGAGGCCUCACAUAUACUCAAAAAGGUGCCUUACCCCAUCUGGCUCAUGAGACCAGAUGAAUACUGCCUGAUGUGGGUGUCUGUGGACCUCAUCUCCUUCGCUGUAGUCAUAGGAAUAUUCAUUUUCCAGAACUAUCACAUGAUCAGGUAUCGAACCAGCGGCAUGCGCAGCUACAACCCGGAGCAGAUCAUGCUGAGCGCGGCCGCCGUCCGGAGGUCCAGCCGAGACCUGAACGUGAUGAAGGAGAAACUCAUCUUCUCAGAGGUGGGGAAUGGAGUCGGCAGUGGGGAGGAGCUGUACGAAGACAACGGCUACGACUACUAAAGCAACCAGGGUAUCAACCGACCUGUGUGGACAGACCACUCAUCAUUCCUCUGACCUCCACCUCUGUCCUGCUGAGAAACUGACAGACUGCUGUAUCUGAUGGAGAGAAAAAAAACAACCACUCAGUUGUGUAAAUUCUGUAAAUAGUUUUGAGUUUGCUUGUCAGACUACUGUAUAUGACACGGGACUACACGCACUUUUUAUUGACGGGAGUCGCCAAAUCUGUGGCCCGGAGAGGCCCCUCUGAGUUACAAUUAACGCCUGCUUCAUUUAAAUAUGUUUCCAGAUUGUUUAUUUUAUGCUAAUUUCCCAAAGCAGUUUCUUGUUUUUAACCACUCUUCUUCUCGCGGCAGAUUUCUUUAGCUUUUAACGAGGCUUGAACGCAGCAUGAGACUCGCUAACCGCUCCUCGCGCCUUCCAUCAGCACUCCACUGUGCUGCUGUUAAUUCAUAUUUAUAUUUAAAGAGAAAAACAAAAAAACACCAACAAGCUGUUUACAGAAGUCCUGCCUUCUCCUCCAGGUGAAAUAUUCAAAUGGUGUAUGUAAGAUAAUUAUUGAGAAAGAGCCUGAAUGCCCACCUUUGACCAGUGCAUGUGACUAAUAAUCAUAUCAGCUGAUGUAUGUGUUGGGGGGUGAAGAUGUGUGCAGUCUUUUUAUGGUUAAUGUGAAUGUGUUUGGACUUUUUUUUUUUUUUUUAAAGAUGUGAUUGUUGUAUAGUGUGUAUUCAGGCUGGGUAUAUAUGUGUUACCCUGUGUGCAGUGCUAUGUUGAGUGUGUUAUUGUACAUAAGAAGGUGAACCAGUGUGUGAGAUGCUCAAGCCAACUAAGCAUUAUAUUUCACAAAUAAUUAUUGAACAAUGUGACCGUGAUGAACAAAAGCAAUAUCCGGGUCAUGAUGGAAGUCAUGGCACUGCCUCUGAGUCGCAGGACAGUCUGCAGUGUGUUGUUGUUGUUGACAGCUGCAUGCAUCCACGUGCUGGUUGGUGUCAAACGGACUGCUGAAGUGGGUGCUAAAUGUGAAAAUAAAGCUCUAAGCUAUUUGAAGGGACGCUACAGGGAUCACAACAGGCAGCACAGGGUCAAGGAAAUGGAUUGCCUUUUGUGUUUUCUUUAUUUGGGUAUUACUGUGCCUCAGAAGUAAACAAUACAAAAAAAUGAUCUAAUAAAGGAGAUUUUAAGUUGAA